GCGGCGAUGAGCGCGGCGGGGCCGGGGGCGCCGGCGCCGCUCUCCCGCAAGCAGCGGCUGAUGGCCGCGUUAACGAACGGCGAGGCGGCGGCGGGCGGCCCCGGGGCUCCGCAGCCCCCGGCGCCUCCGCUCUGCUGCUUCAUCUGCGGCGGCGGCAUCAGCCGCGGCAAAGAGCUGAAGCUUCAAGUGCGACCCCCCCGCGACCACCGACCCUUCUUUCCCUUUCUCCAGCACCAGGAACCGGCGCCCGGCGCCCGCGCCGUCUCGGCCGAGGGCUGCGCCUUGGUCUGCGCCGUCUGCCGCUGUUUCCUGGGCGAGCAGUGGGACUCCUUCGAGCGCAGCCGCACGCCGGUGGAGAAGCGCAUGUACUGGCUCAAGCGGCCCCAUCAGUGCGAGGCGGCGGCGGCGGCGGCAGCGGGGGGAGCCGGGCUGCGGCGGGGGGCGGCGGGCUGGGACCCCACCGCGCCGCCGCGCCGCCCCGCCGGCCAGGAGGAGGAGGAGGAGGAGGAGGAAGAAGAGGAGGAGGAGGGGGAGGAAGGGCCGGCAGCCGGCUCCGACCUCUCGGAGCUCUCCGACGCCGAGCCCCUCUCGGAGCCCGAAGGAGCGGGCGGCGCGGCGCGGACCCCCCCGGCGGCGGCGGGCAAGAGGGGGCCGCCCUGCUGCUCCUCGGAGGACAGCGAGAUCAACAUCACCAGCGAGGAGGAGGAAGAGGAGGAGGAAGGCAGCGAGCGGCCCACUUGGGCAUCGGGCACCGCCUGCUAUAUCUGCGGCAGCCCCCUGUCACCCACCACCCAGCACCGCGUCCACGUGCAGAAGCAGGAGAAGACUUCCCCAGCGCCCUUCUUCCCCUUCCUUUGGCUUCACAGCCCCCCGCCGGGCGCCCAGCCCCUCUCGCCUGCCGGCAGCACCCUCGUGUGUCCCUGCUGCUUCGCCUCCCUCAUGCAGCAGUGGCAAAGCUUCGAGCUGGCCAACGUGCCCGUGCUGCAGCGGCUCUACGUGGUGCCCCUCAACGCCGGGGCCAUGCCUGCCAAGGGCCGCCGAGUGCUGAAGGAGGAUGGGGCAGGCGUCCCGCUGGUACCCGAGGCUUGCUACCUGUGCGGGGAGGAGUGCAGCAAGGAGGCAAGGCUGGUGGCGGCCAAGGUCAUCAACGGCAAUGCGAAGAACACCAUGCAUUUCCCCUUCAUCAGCCUCCUGCCUUGCCCACCCAGUGCCAAGGGACUGAACAAGCACUGGGAGGUGAGCAGCUGCCGCAAGUGCUUCAUCGUCUUGCAGGACCUCUGGGCCAUGUACAGGGCCUGCCACAACGAGGAGCUCAUCACCUCUGUGCAGAGCUUCCUGGGGAGGUACCACCAGGUCUUCUCCGCCGGUGACCCCAGUGGCUUGGCAGGCCACCCUGCCAUCAAGCCUGGUCCCACCUCUGUCUGCUACAUCUGCGGUGCCGAGCUGGGAGCCGGCAAAGAGUUCCAGCUCAACGUCAACCCACCGGGGCGAUUUGGGGAGAAAGAGCCCUUUUUCCCCUUCCUGACAGUCUACCCACCCGCCCCAAGGGCCAGGCCGGCCGACUCGACGGGGCUGGUGUCCACUUGCAUCCUGUGCUACCAUGACCUGUUGGGGCAGUGGCUGCAGCACGAGGGCAGGAACUCCCACCACCCCAGCAGCGCCUGGUCCCGGCAGUACAAAGUGGAGACCUUCGUCUGCUUCUUCUGCCGGCAGGAGAAGAAGCGAUGCCUUGGAUUAAAAGCGGUUCAAGUGGCCAGGCUGCCGGUCUUCCUCUACACCCUCCGUGUGCCCAACAGCCUGUUGGUGGAUGACGGGAAGCAGCUGACCAUCGGUGCUUGUACCGAAUGCGGUGCCGUGGUCCUGGCCGGCAAGAGCAUGACCCCAGCGGAGCCACUGGUGGUGGUACCCCCGGCUCUCAUCCCCAAGGCGUCAUCGUCGUCCCUUGAGACAGUCGCCAUCAAGCCUGUGGCUGGUGAGCCCCGGCACCGGGUGAGCAGCACUGGGGAAAGCCCAGGGACCGGUGGUGGCACUGCCCUGGACAUCGGCCAGCGGACGGCUUUGGACGCGGAGGGCAUCGACGUCGGAACCACAAGCAUGAGCCAUGAGCCGAAGUCGCCGUCCCUAGGAAUGCUCUCCACCGCCACCCGCACCACCGCCACCGUCAGCCCGCUCACCCCAUCGCCUCUCAACGGCUCCAUCGUCCCCAAUGGCAGCCCUGCAGCCAGCAGCACUUUGUCCGUCCAGGCAGCACCUUCCUCCAGCUUCGCCGCCGCGCUCCGCAAGCUCGCCAAGCAAGCCGAGGAGCCCAGAGGGUCUUCAAUAAGCAGCGAGUCAUCCCCGGUCUCCUCACCAGCCACCAACCACAGCUCCCCUGCCAGCACACCCAAACGUGGCCCCAUGGGCCCCAUCAUCGUGCCCCCAGGGGGGCACAGCGUGCCCAGCACGCCACCCGUUGUCACCAUUGCACCCACAAAGACUGUCAAUGGGGUCUGGAGGAGCGAGGGCAGACAGCAAGAAGCAGGGUCUCGGGGCAGCAGCAGCAGCAGUGGCCGCGAGCGCCUCAUCUCGGAGCCCCCCCUCUCUCAGGAGAAAGCGGGGGGCCCCACAGUUCCCUCCCAUCUCCUGGGGACACCCUACUCCUUCGGGCUGCCCCCCAGCUCCGUGGUCCAAGACUCCCGCUUCCCGCCUCUCAACCUGCAGCGGCCGGUCCACCACGUGGUGCCUCCGAGCGCGGUCACCGAGGAUUACCUGCGCAGCUUCCGUCCCUACCACACCGCCGAGGACCUCCGCAUGUCCUCCCUGCCGCCACUCGGCCUGGACCCGGCUGCUGCUGCUGCUUACUACCACCCCAGCUACCUGACACAUCACCCCUUCCCACACCCUGCCUUCAGGAUGGACGAGUCGUACUGCCUGUCAGCGCUGCGGUCCCCCUUCUACCCGCUGCCAGCGCCAGGCUCGCUGCCACCCCUGCACCCCUCGGCCAUGCACCUGCACCUCUCGGGGGUACGGUACCCCCCCGAGCUCUCGCACUCUUCCCUCUCCGCCCUGCAGUCCGAGCGCAUCUCCAGCCUCGCCGCAGAGAGGCUGCAAAUGGAUGAGGAGCUGCGGCAGAGGGAGCGUGAGCGCGAGCGGGAGCGGGAGAAGGAGCGAGAGCGAGAAGCCGACCGAGAGCGGGAGAAGGAGCGCGAACGGGAGCGGGAACGUGAGAAGGAGCUGGAGAGGGAGCGGGAGAAGGAGCGCGAACGGGAGCUGGAGAGGCAGCGGGAGCGCGCCAGGGAGAAGGAGCUGAGCAUGGUGAAAGCCAUGGAAGGGCCGUUCCUCCCCGUGGCAGAGCUGCACGGACUGCGGGGACACCCGGCCGAGGAGCGGGGCAAGCCAGCAGAGCCACUGGUACCCAUCAGACCAGAGAAACUGAAGGACACGGUGCUGCCAACACCAAAGCCUAUCCAGCACCCUCUGCACCCACCACCGGCCUCACACCACCCCGUGCCCAGCCUCAUCCCCAACCACAACGUGUUCCCGCUGCCGGGAAGCAGCGCGGCCACGGCGCUGCUCAUCCACCGCACCAACGAGGAGGAGAAGUGGCUGGCGCGGCAGCGCCGGCUGCGCCAGGAGAAGGAAGAUCGGCAAUCCCAAGUCUCAGAGUUCCGGCAACAAGUGCUGGAGCAGCACCUCGACAUGGGGCGCACACCGAGCCAGCCUGAGCCCGAGCAUCGCCCCGAGCAUCCCAGGUCAGGAUCCAGCCGCCAUGAGCCAAGCAGCCGGGAGCCAGGGCAGCACUUCGGCGGGCCCCCACCACUCAUCUCACCCAAGCCCCAGCACCACCCGGUCACCACAUCCCUCUGGAAUCCCGUCUCUCUGAUGGAGAGCCCCCCUGAUCCACCCCGGCGCCUCCCGGAGCCCCACACCCUCCAUGGCCACCCGGCCCCCUUCGAGCCCAGCCGUCAGGGCAUCCCACUGGUGAAGGUGGAGAGGGUCUUCUGCCCUGAUAAGCUGGAGGAGGUGACGAGGAAGAGGGAUGCUCUGGAGAAAUACCCUCCAGGACGGGAGCCUGUUGCUGCGGAGCACGGGAGCUUCACCCAUGCCCCUUUCCUAGCCGAGCUGGAGAAGUCCACACAGAGCAUCCUGAGCCAGCAAAGACCCCCGGCCACCCCCUUCACCGAUGCCACCAAGCCCAGCUCGCCCUACAGACCCCCCCAGCCCCGCGCCCAGGACCCCAUGUACAUCUAUGACGAGUUCGUGCAGCAGCACCGUAGGCUGGUCAGCAAACUGGACCUGGAGGAGCGCCGGCGGCGGGAGGCCCGGGAGAAAGGUUACUACUAUGAUCUGGAUGACUCCUGUGAUGACAGUGACGAGGAGGAGGUGCGGGCCCAUCUCCGCUGCGUGGCCGAGCAGCCCCCAUUGAAGCUGGACACAUCCUCUGAGAAGCUGGAGUUCCUGCAGCUCUUCGGGCUGACCACGCAGCAGCAGAAGGAGGAAUUGCUGAGCCAGAAGCGGCGCAAACGCCGGCGGAUGCUGCGGGAGAGGAGCCCCUCGCCUCCCAUGGUGCAGAACAAGCGCCGCACGCCCUCCCCGCGCCUCCCACUCUCCACCCGGUACAGCCCCGACGAGAUGAACAACAGCCCCAACUUCGAGGAGAAGAAGCGCUUCCUCACCAUCUUCAACCUCACGCACAUCAGUGCCGAGAAGAGGAAAGCUUCCCAUGCCGCAGACAAAGAGAAGCUGGUGGAGAUGCUCCAGGCCAUGAAGCAGAAGACCACGCCGGCUGCUGUGGUGGUGAAGAGCUCCCCGCGGGACAGCCCCAGCGGCCCUGCCACUGAGCCACCGGUGCCACCGCUCCUGCUGGAUCCAGAUAAACCCGUGGGCAUUGCCGUGUCUGUGCCGGAGGGGCAGAAGACAGCAGAGCCGGGCAGGUUAGACCAGCUGAGACCACAGGAGCUACCAAGGGCUAAGGAGAUGGGUGCUGUGCCGGCAGAGAAGCCGCGGCUGAGUGAUGCACACCCUGGGAAGAAGGGACUGAGCAUCCUCAGCUACGUCAGGGGUCCGCUCCCCAAGGACAUCCCGGUGCCGCUGUCCCACAGCAUGAAUGGCAAGAGCAAGCCCUGGGAGCCAUUCAUUGCUGAGGAGUUUGCCCAUCAGUUCCAUGAAUCCGUGCUGCAGUCCACUCAGAAGGCGUUGCAGAAGCACAAAGGGGGGACAGCGGAGCAGAACCACAAGCUCGAUGCCUCCAUCCACUACAACAUCCCUGAGCUGCAGGCCUCCAGCCGCCUGGCUGCCCCCUCACACAAUGGCACAGCCGAGGGGCCGCUGCCCCACCGGGCAUUGCCCCCGCUGCCCCAUGACUCAGCAUCCGAGGAAGAGGAGGAGGAGGAGGAGGAUGAACAGGAAGAAGAGGAGGAAGAGUACCCCAGGCCCAAGUGGCAAGGGAUCGAGGCAAUUUUUGAAGCUUACCAGGAACACAUAGAAGAACAAAACCUGGAGCGCCAAGUGCUGCAGACCCAGUGCCGGCGGCUGGAGGCCCAGCACUACAGCCUGAGCCUGACGGCAGAGCAGCUUUCGCACAGCAUGGCGGAAUUAAGGACCCAGAAGCAGAAGAUGGUCUCGGAGCGCGAGCGCCUGCAAGCCGAGCUGGAUCACCUGCGGAAGUGCCUUGCCUUGCCUGCAAUGCAGUGGUCUAGGGGUUAUUUCAAGGGGUAUCCCAGGUGACGCUCCUUUGGGGAUAAACCGAACAUAUAGUCUAGAAAUAAUAAUCUAUUUUAUUACCUUGAAUAUUUAAUAUUUUUCACUGGGAGGUUUGAAGCUAAAAAAAAAAAAGAAAAAAUAAAAAUAAAAAUAAAAAAAAAGAACAAUAAUAAAAAAAAGAACUAAAA